GGCCUGUUGUUGUAUUUAUUCUAAUUCUCCGGGUUACUUAAAAAAGACCAUACUUAAAAAAGACCAUAGAUCUGGAAUUAAGCGCGUUCCUGAAACAGCUGUCCUCCUUUUUGGUAUAUCUCUACAUAAAAGAAAACCUCUUGUUCAUGCUCAACUUUAGCUUAUUAGUCAAGAAGAAUAACCUUGGGAAUUUAUACACUCGGACUGAGAAUUUUUAUAAUAGUUUUUACUAAUGCCAAAUGCAAAUAAGGAUAUAAUUCACAGUUUUUUUUUUUCUUGUAUUUUCUAAAUUCCUUUUUCUGCUCAUUUAACUUUAAACAUGUCUCCUUUGCCCUAUCCUAUUAGUUUACCUACUUUAGCAGAUUCUCAGGUCACCCGCGUGGGUGUCAAGUCUCCUGAAGAUGUCGUUGUUGUUUCAGCUCUUCGUACUGCCCUCGGCAAGGGUCGUAAAGGUGGUUUCAAAGAUGUCCUCGCUGACGAACUCUUAAUGCAUGUUCUGAAGGCCACCAUCACAAAGACCGGCAUCGACCCUUCUUUGGUACAGGAUAUCAAUGUAGGUAACGUAUCUGCCAAUGGCGGUCUUGCCACUCCUGCUCGUAUGGCCUCUCUUGCUGCUGGCUUCCCUGAAUCUACUUCUGUCAGUACCUUAAACCGUCAAUGUUCUUCUGGUCUUCAAGCUUGUGUGCAAGUUGCUUGCGCCAUUCAAGCUGGCUUAAUUGACAUUGGUAUUGGUGCUGGUGUCGAGUCCAUGUCUGCCGAUUAUUUCAACCGUGUGGUGCCCUUGUCUGAAAAAUUAGCUGUCAACCCCAUUGUUGCUGACUGCAAGAUUCCCAUGGGCAUUACUUCAGAAAAUGUCGCCGCUGAUUAUGGCAUUACCCGCCAAGAGCAAGAUGCUUUCUCUGCUCUUUCUCAUCAAAAGGCCGCUGCUGCUCAAAAGGCUGGUUACUUUAAGCAAGAAAUUGUACCUUGUCAAGUUACCACAUUAGACAAGGAUGGCAAUGAAAAGACAAUUAUUGUAGAACAAGAUGAAGGUAUUCGUGCUUCCUCCACUGCUGAAGGUCUCGGUAAGUUAAAGCCUGCUUUCUCCCCCACCGGAACCACCACUGCCGGUAACGCUUCUCAAAUCUCGGAUGGUGCCGCUGCUGUCUUGCUCAUGAAGCGUAAGACCGCCUUAAAAUUGAAUUUGCCUAUUCUUGGUAAAUAUGUUACUUCUGCUGCAGUCGGUGUUCCACCUCGUGUGAUGGGUGUUGGACCAGCUUACGCUAUCCCUGUCGCAGUUGAACGUGCUGGUUUAAAGAUUGCUGAUGUUGAUAUUUAUGAAAUCAAUGAAGCUUUUGCCUCUCAAGCACUUUAUACUGUCAAGGUAUUAGACAUUCCCAUGGAAAAGGUGAACCCUAAGGGUGGUGCUAUUGCCAUUGGCCAUCCCUUAGGAUGUACAGGUGCUCGUCAAGUUGCCACUUUAUUCCCCGAAUUACAACGUCAAGACAAGCGUAUCGGUGUCACCACCAUGUGUAUUGGUAGUGGUAUGGGUAUGGCUGCUGUUUGGGAAAGAGAAUAGAUUAUAUAUACCCGCCCUGUAAAUUAUAAUAAAAAGUGUAAUUCUGUGUAACUCUCAUAACAAUUUACCGCCAAAAAAAAAAAAAAAACGUGAGAACAAUAUUUUGAGGCAUGUGAAGGGAAAACACU